AUGCGAAUUAUACAAUCAAUACAAAACGCUACUCCAAGCACAGAAGAAGAAAAACUGCAGGACUACUAUUUCUGCCCCUGGAACAAGACUAUAUUAUACACAGCAGAGAUCUCUAAACUCUCUAAAGAAGAAGAAGCAGAGCAACACAAAACGCAAAUGCUACAGAGACUAGGAGACAACCUACUUGCUAUCUAUACAGACGCCUCUUCUAUUAAGAAAGGCACAGGAAUAGGAAUAGGAGUUACUGCUCUAGACUAUAAACAGCAGGCUAAGGAGAUCUACUCUACUAAAUAUAAUAUUAGCAAAGGCUAG